UAACAAUACUAGUAAAAAUUAUUAUUUUUGAGAAUUCCAGGAAGAUGUCAAAUCAAAGAUUUGUCGUCGUACAAUUUUCGGACGGUAUCCAAGUGAUACCAAAAAUUUGGCUAAGUGAGGAUUCAUGUAAAUAUCCUUUACACUACAAAACAGACUUGAGAAUUCGAAAGGCGGUUGAGAAAGAAGAAAAACCAAAUUCUGAUUGGGCAUUAUUUAAAAUUAUUCGAACUUUUGGCGAGUAUUGUACCUUACAGGAAGCUGACAAUAAAGCAAAAAAGCUAUGUACACGUCAGAUAUGGAUACGUCAGAAAAGGAAACAAGAUAUUCUAGAAAAAAUAGAGCGAAAAAAAUUUAUUUCUCAACUGAAAGCGAAGAAGACCUUGCCGAAAGCGAAAUUUUACCAUCUGCUCCACGUCCUCCUGCAAAAUGAAAGUAUAAACAAUUCUAUAAUAUUUAUUUACUGA